UCGAGGUGCCUGGGAGCCGCUGGAAGUAAGGGGCUGUUCGGCUGGCUGCUCAGCUCGGCUCCAGGUGCGGACUAUGAAGGUAUCCAUACAGGCUGUGGCAGUGUGGGGGAAAAUAGCUCCCUCUCAUAGCAUUACUGCUAUCAUGAUUACAGAUGACCAGCAGACUAUAGUUACGGGAAGUCAAGAAGGACAAAUAUGUCUCUGGGAUCUUUCACCAGAAUUAAAGAUUUCACCUAAAGAAAUUCUUUUUGGCCAUGCUGCUUCUGUAACUUGUUUGGCAAAAGCAAGAGAGUUUGAGAAACAGCCAUAUGUAGUAAGUGCUACUGAAAACGGGGAGAUGUGUGUUUGGAAUGUCACUAGUGGACAGUGCAUUGAGAACGCAAAGCUUCCUUAUAGGCAUACAGCAAUCUGUUAUUACCAUUGCUCAUUCCGAAUGACAGGUGAAGGCUGGCUUCUUUGUUGUGGAGAAUAUCAAGAUGUUCUUAUUAUUGAUGCUAGAACUUUGAGUAUUCUUCACACUUUAUCAUCAUCUGAGUCUUCUGAUUGGAUAAAUUGCAUGUGUAUUGUACACUCAGCAAGAAUUCAAGAAGACUCAUUGGUUGCAGUGUCUGUAACUGGGGUUCUUAAAGUGUGGGACCUGUCUUCAUCUUUGAAUAGCAUACAGGAGAGACAAAGUGUGUGUGAAAAGGAAUCAAAACCUCUGGACUGUGUAAGCUGUCAAGCGGUACGGUUUUGUACUUAUACAGAAAGACUCCUUCUAAUCGUGUCCUCCACAUGCUGGCAGGUUUACGAUUAUUGUGAUUUCUCCUUGCUUUGUACUGAGUUCUCUAAAAGUGGUCAGUUCUUUGCUGGUGGAGAAGUACUAGCAGCUUACAGACUUAUCAUCUGGACAGAAGACGGCCACAGUUACAUCUACCAGCUGCUAAACAGCAGACUUUCUAAAAGCAUGUAUCCUACUGAAGGCAAGGUGCUGAAAGAAACUGUCUGUCCUCAUUUACUCUGCUUUACUGGUGUGAAGGAAAAUAAGAGUUUUCCUUUUGUCAUGGGCUUUGUGAAUGAAAGAAAGGAGCCUUUCUAUAAGGUUCUCUUUUCUGGUGAAGCUUCAGGAAGGCUCAAUUUGUGGCAUGUUCCUGAUGUUCCUGUGUCAACAUAUGAUGGUUCACCAAAAGAGAUCCCAAUUACAGCAACGUGGGCUCUUCAGGAUAGUUUUGAUCAACAUUGUUCAAUGCCAGAGGGCAUUAUCGAUCAUCUUUGUGCAUCUAACGAUGGGAUUGCAAGUGCAGUUGUCAGUUCCUCUGUGUAUAUAUCAAGUCUUGAUAAGCUUGUGUGUGGAUGUGAAGAUGGGAAAAUUUUUGUUACACUAGGUUUAAAAACUGCAGUAGCAAGACUUCUAGAAAACAUAUCUUUGAAAGAUUAUCUACUUUAUAAGGUUCUGAAUGGUCAUAGUAGCAGAGUCACUAGUUUACUUUAUCCACAUGAUGAAUCAGUAAGAUUUGAUCCAAGCUGGCUGUUAUCAGGGGGCCAGGAUUCUGUUGUGAUCUGCUGGGAUAUAUUUACUGGAAGCAUUUUACACCGAUUUAGUCUGCAGUCUGGUCCAGUGACACAGCUCUUGCGAUCUCCAGAAAGCUACAGAUUAAAAGACCACAGCAUAGUGUGCUGUGUUUGCAGUGAUCAUUCAGUAGCAAUUCUACACCUUCAGAAGAGAGUAUGUCUCUUGCAUGCCAGAAAGCAUCUCUUUCCUGUGAAGAAGAUAAAAUUUGAUCCUGUUGAAAAUCUGCUAAUUGUUGGAUGUGAAGAUGAUUCAGUUUAUAUUUGGGAAAUUGAAACAGGCACACUGGAAAGACAUGAAACAGGUGAAACAGCAAAAGCAAUUCUUACUUCCAUUGAAGAUUCAGAAUACCUAGUGGCAGAUGCUCUACUUCCUGUAUCUCAAGAUUCAAAAAGAAAUAAAAGUACUGGAUACAAACAUUCUAGCUCUUAUAAGCAUGGCAUGGUGUCUGGUAGCUCUACUCAUAGAGAAAAGUCUUCAGAUAAGUUAACUGAUACCAGCUACAUGCAACAGCCCUUUACUAUUUUACCAGUUAAGACAAAAUGGAAUGAUGCAAACUUUCAUGUUCUCUUUUUUGACCUGGAAAAACUUGAGGAACUUCUGCUGUCAUCUCAACUCAAUGGAUUAAAGUCAUCAAAUUCAUUCCCCAACUAUGACACUCUAGAAAGAGCCAAAAGUACUGCUGAGAAAAGAGCACUGACAUUAAAAAGAAAUAAAACUACUGGCUUCAUAUCUCCAGUGGAUGGAUACGUAGAUACUGUUUGUUCAAACCAGGUCUGUAGGGAUAAUAAUGCAGCUAGGCCUUUGGAAGAAAGUGGUGGGACAAAAAGGCAGAAAAAAAUGAAGAGUUCAAGAAAGAUUAGAAUGCAGCCAUCAGGAAACAUUGAUGUGAACGUCACCAUUGAUACAGCUAAACUGCUUUUGUCGUGUCUUUUACCAUGGGGUAUAGAUAAAGAAAUAGACAAUUUUUGUGUUCAGCACUUGGAUAUCUUGAGGCUUCAGCAUCCUGUUUCUGUUGGACUUGUGUCAAAUGAAAACCAUCUAUCACUAAUGUUUCCAGGAUGGAAACGUACAGAUUGUGGUGGGCUAGAAGAACAUGUAGUAACCAACUUGUUUUCAAAAAGAGUGCUUGGUUUAUCGAACAAGUACCUUGCUGCAAUUGAAAGACAGAUUGGAACAAAGGAUGGACCUGAAAAUAAUAUUUUUAUAACAAAAGGACUGGAAACAAUUUCCUUCUUAUUUAGCAGAAUAGCUUUAAUCAUCAGAAUAAUUAACAUAUCUUCAGCAGUUACAGGUGAAAUUGAAAGGCCACAGAAAUCAGAAUCUGUACAUGAAAAAUUGCAAAAUAUAGAAGCAGUAAUACCUUCAUUCUUCAGUUUUUAUGAAGAGUUGCCAAGCAGUAAAAGCAGAUACCAUUCCCCAGACUUUGGGAGUGUUUCGUUGCUGAAACUAAUUUGCUGUUGGAAGGACCAAUCUAUAAAGAUUCCUGUAGCAAUGCAAGCAGUGCUGUUGGCAGAAGUUCAAAGGACUAUGAAUACCUUGAGAAAGAUGGCAAUCUGCAGAGAGCCAUUGGGCGUAGUAGAGAAUGGAAGUGUCAGUGUGCUGAAGCAUGACAAGAGCUCAAACUCGGCAAACUUCCAAGAUGUGGAGGAUACACCUGACAGAUGUGUCUUAGAUGAGUCUGAGAAUCUAGAUGACACGAAACCACAUCCCUGGAUAUCUAAGGUGUGCUCUUGCAAGUUGUGUUAGAAAACUCUGCUUAGCUGAAAGAAUUAGAAGAUCAAGAAAAGACAAGAAAUGGGAGAUACGUCGUGUGGACAUGAAAUGGUUUUUGUGUAUUGUAUACUUUUAACUCAUUUUCAAAACAAGAGCCGUAAUAUCAGCUUUUUGCUGAUUUAUUAGCUUUAAUUCACAUUUCCAUCACCAAUAGAUUUACAUUUAUUCCAUUUAGGUAAUUCUAACAGA